AUGCAGCAAAACCACGCCACUAAUGUGGCUCGACACACCGCCGCCGCCGCCGCCGCCGCCUCCACGGCGCCAUCCGCCAACUGCGCCAGCAGCGACACGCUUUUCCGACUGGAGUGCGUGCUGCUCUUCGCGUUGGAUGUGGUGCGGGGUCCGUACAUCCACAGCUGUGCACCAGCGCACCCGCCAGAGGCGAUUCGGUCGUUCUUGGAAUCCCAGGCGUCGCCUGCCUCGCCUUCUUCCGCGGCUGCCGCCUACUCUGCAGCGGCGGCGGUGACGAGCCCGGCAGCCGGCGCCGAGCCAGCGCGGCGCGGCUCACUAACACCGCCGCCACCAUCACCGGUCCAGACAAAGGUCUCCGCGGAGAUGAUAGGCGACGAUAUCACAACGAUGUCCCCAGCUGGAUCUCACUGCGACGCGGUGACGGCAUCGCCGUACGCGAAGAUGGCGAGUGUCGCCAUGCACUCAUCACCCCCGUUCGGGGCGUGUAGCAUUGGUGGGGGCGAUGGUGGGCUGGCCACUGCCUCUUUUUCCUCGGUCAUUCCAACACUGCCUCCAGCGCCGUGCUCGGCAUUCUCGCCAACGCAUUCACUGACUUCCGCAGUCGAUGCCUCACCACCCUUGGAGGUGUGGUCGCUGCAAAACAGCGCUCGCACGCCGCUGCUCAAGGAGCAGCGGCUGUCCCCCUUGUCUCUCGCCAACCGCGCUGGUGCGGCUGCUGGCCUGUCGGCAUCAGUGCUGGGCGACAUGGCCGGCGGCGACGUGCGCAGCGUGUCCUUCUCGCCGGUCGCACAGGGCCGCUUCGUCGGGCUGAGCGACACUGCAGCACAAGCUGAGACGCGCGCCUGCGCGGUGGACACCAGCGGUACCAACCACGCCGCCUCCGAGGACAGCACGGCCUUCUCGUUAUCCCCACAGACGUUUACGAGUGAGUCGCAGCUGGCGCCGCACAGACCGUCGCCGAAGGUGGGCUCGUCUGCGUUGACAGCAUCUCAGUCGACCGGUGGUGGGGAUGCGCCAGCCGCGGACACAAGCCUGGGCGAAUAUGGCGGUGAGCCGACACACAGCAGUGAUGGACACUACCGUGACGCCCGCAGCGAAGCAGCGCACGCGGUGGGGAGGGGAAUCGACGUGGACAGCGGCACUACCCCGACACGCAGGCUAGUCAAAACACCCGUGGUCACCACGACGACCGACGUGUACUGCUCCAACGCCUCCUCGCUGAACGCUACUCCCGUAAGCGCGCCGCCCAUGACCACCGCUUCCCCAAGCGCCAGUAUCAACAGUGGCUUAGCCGUUUCAGGAGCGGCCACCAAGAGAUGUGCGGUGACGGACGGUCAGCAGCAGCUCCUGCACCAUCAUCACCCUCAACACCUGCUGCCUUCCUCUCCCCAGGUAUGGUCAUCGCUCCAUCCCGCAACCACAGCCGCGACACGCGGCACUCCGUUACCUCUGACGAGCACCACUGCGGCAACAACCGCAGCGGACAAGGGCAGGAUGAGCGGCUACAACGACGUCUUCGUCCCGCGCUCUGAGUUCUGUCGCCGUGUACUGUGGUUAUACCCCGCUGAAUCAGGGCUGCUCUUCCUCUAUUACCCAGAAGACAUUCCCGGUGAGCACUACCAGCGCAAGACGCUGCGCUACUCCCUCUGUCUUGUCUUCCGCGUCGAUCACAAGCGGAUGACAAUCGGCGAUGGCCUGCUGCAUCAGCUGGUGCACCCAUACAGCGUGGUGCUCACCAAUAUCGCCGAGGAACUGCGCGAGGCGGAGCUGAAGUAUGCGUACAUGAUUCGCGGGCUGCGCUCCUUCGAUUCAGCGUCGUGGCAGAUGUCGAGACUCGCGCUGAAAUCGCCCAUAUCCUCCCUCCCUACUACUGCAACGACCGCAUUUAACGUGGCAGCGCAGUCGCCGGCAACGUCUUCCGUGGCCACUGCGCACGUCGCAGAGGUUGCCGAGGACGUCGACGAAGGCGUGGGCCAGGCACAUCUGGCAACGCCGCUAGCGCUCCCCUCCAGUGCCCCCCAGAAACCAUGCACGCUCGCCCGCGGUCGUGUUACUGGGCAAGCCGACACAAUGGCACCGUCGACGGCGACAGCGACGGCAGUCGCCAUGGCGGCCAGCGCCACCUUCAAUGCCGCUUCCAGCACAUCAUUGAGCCCUAACUCAUACCAUCCGCCCGUUCUGGAGCACAGCGGCGCAGUGCCAGCCGCGGUAUCGGUAGCAGCAGCAGCGGGCGGGACUAACAGACGGCACCCCCCGGCGAAGAUGGCGGACCGCACGUCGGCAUCCCUUAUGUUCCCACGGCAACCGGCUGCGCUACCGCUUGGCGACGAGGGGACUGAAGCUCACGGAAGCGCUGAGCCCGCCACGGCUACUUUUCCCGGCGGCUGCAGCUCGCAGCAGUGCGAAGAUAGCGCACGUGUCGCUCAGAACCGUCUUGAUGGGGGAGGUGGCUCGCUGCCAUCGGGCGUACACGGGUGCGUUGGCUGCUCAUCGCACGCCACCACAGCCGCCGCGUCGAGCAACACGGUGCAUGCGUCAUCGUCGCACCUCAGCGUUUCCUUCUCUCCGCCUACCGGAGCCCACAUUGGCGCAGGCGGUGGUUCAACAGCGGCCACCGCCGGUGACAGCGGCGUCCGAUCCUUUUCAUCGUACCUCACCAACAUGGAAUCGUUAGAAACCACCAUCAACCCGCCCUCCUCCUCUCUGCCGGUGCGCAGUCGCACUAUAAGUGAGACUGCCGCCACCUUUCAUCUCCCGUCGGCGCAGCCGCGAGCACUAGAGGAGUCGACGAGCAUGGCAGCGAGCAGCAGCGCCGCGUGCUCGUUCAGCCUCACGGCAGCACCGGCCUCCGCCCCUUAUGUCGCUCUUGGCGGCGCCGUCAAAACACAUCACGGCGGAAGCCGUCAGCAGCAGCAGCAGCACUCCAUGGCAGGUGCCAGUGCCGCCACCCCACCGUGUGUUCCCUCGCCGUUCCAGGGCCCAGCUCCCACAACAGCUGUGGCGAGCGUGCACAUCUUGAACGCCUUCAUCACACCACCCACGGAGCCGAAGUGGACGCCGCUGAGCGAGUUGGUGGAUGAGCUCUUCCGCUGCCUAAGCUACACCAAGGCACCGGACGGCAAUGGAGACCGCGAGCGAGACGGGCAGACCGGCAGUCCGGGCGUGGAUGGACGCACGCCGGUGACUGCGUCGCCGAUGCCUGCCGCUGCCGCCUUGGGACUAGCUGCACAACAACCAGCGGGUGCGCUCGGUGCGGGAAUGAGCAGCAAAGCCCUGGCGCAGCGCCCGAUUUCCACCACCUCAGCUUCACCUGCUGGGCAGCAGCAGCAGCGCGGCGACAUGAGUGUUGUGCAUCUGUCCAACCGGCUGAGCUUCCAUGUGCGGCGCAUGGCGCCACUGCAGCCGGCGCGCCUCCUCCACUUCGAUCACAUCCCUGUCCCGGUCGUCGCGUACGACCCUCAGAUGAUGGAGUGGAUGGAUAUGGCUGUCCUCCACGUGUUCCGGUUGGUGGACGGCGUCCGUACCGUGGCCGAUCUUGUGUUCAGCGUUGCCGUGGGCACCACCACUACGCUCGCGGAGGUGUACGCCGAUGCACUUCAGCGGUGCGUCGCGGAACAGCAGGCCGCGCCUGUGAUAGCACCAAGUGCGACCCCUGCAGGUGCCGGCGCCUCCGCGGGGCAGAGGCGCUCCACUGCCCAUCGCGACCGCGCCCGCGGUGCUGCCGUCAAAGUUGCGGCGGCGGCGGCGGCGGUGGUGGAAAUGCACGGGUCUGGUGAGUCGGCUGCAGAAGCUGCUAAUGUGGCUGGUCUGGGGGCCAGUGCUGCCGGGAGCCCGAGCCAGUCGAUCGUUGUGUCCGUUCCGAUCGCCAUUCAUCCGUGCCCGUCCUUGCUGCCCGGCGUUCGCUACCCCGCCCCAACAGCGGCGGCGGCAGCCAUCAGUGACGGACAGGCGCCGCUACCCAGUCAAGUCAACGUGCGCGUCACUCCUGGAGCGGCGAUAGGUGCGGGCGCACCGGAUACCGGCGCCCCUGUGCGGAGCGGCGCCAACGGUCUAGGAACAGCAGUGCCGAUCGCAUCUGGAGUACCCGACGGCAGCAGCGUGACCUCUGCCGCCGCUUCCUCGCCGCCGCCGCCGCCGCAAAUAUCCGUGGAGCUCCCACAGACGUGGGUGGCGACGGCAGGGAUCGUGAUGGAGGCGCUUCUCCACUUGGAGCUGAGUCACCUGAUCAAGGUGUACCGCCCAUGGACAGAGGGGACGCUCUACAGCACCACCCACAGUGCGCAACGGGUACUGCGCAGCGUUCACCACCCAGCUCGCCAUGUCCUGGGGCACUACCUUCUCUGCAUGGCGUGGUUAGAGCGGCAGGAGUGCAGGGAGGAGCGACGCCGUGUGAUAGCGGAGUGGAAGCAGAUACAGAAAGCAAGCGUCAAGGCGCGGCGGGCAUCGGUGGCGUCGCGCAUCACCACGUCGGUUGUCGCCGAGAAGCAGCACGCCAGCACAACACUGGGAAUGGCUUCCACCCCGCAACAGUCGUCGACAGCCGCGGAGGUCUCUUCACUGUCAUCCGCAGCACCGGCAGCCGCUCCUGCGGUAAUGCCAGCAAGCGGUGUCGGUAGUAGAGCCGUCGCCGUGAGGUCACCGGAUCUCUUAAUGGACCGCAGUGGUUGGUCGCCGCCGGCUGCCCCGCAGCUGCCGUCGUCGCUCCCGUGCACCCCUGAAAUGAACUGCAGUGGACAGCACCAGCAACUGCUACAUCCGCCUCCAUCCCUGACACCAGUCGCAUAUCCUGGGUUCCCCUCCAUGCCAUAUUUGCCCCAGAGUGAUUCUAUGCUGAUGGGCGUCGGCGCCACCCACGCAGGGGGGUUGGACCCGAGCAGUGCCGACACCCAUGCCUCCUCGACUUCGACGAGUUUGGCGCCAUCGCCGCUGCGGCACGCGUUGAGCAUCGGCGCGUCUGGACGGCUGCAGCUGACUCUCAUGAGCUCCCUCCCCAUGCUUUCGCUGUCGCGUUCCGGUGUCAGCUCUGGUGCUGCUAUGAGUGGCACCUCGCAGAGGUUUGUUGUGGGGAGCCAAGGCAGCCAAACCUGCGGUGGCGGCCUGCUGCCGUGCGCUGCCACUGGAGUUUCGUACGGCAGCAGUUAUUCGCGGCAGCAGCAGCGACGGCACCAACAUCUUUAUGUAGACGGCUGUUUGCGUGCCGCUCCGCUUCGCUCAUGCAGCAGUACCAGCGGCAGCGAGGACAUCUGCGCCUCUGUGUCACGCAGAUCAUCGUCGUCCGCAUCUUCGUCUGUGAGUAGUGAUAGCGGCCACUCGAGCGUGUCGUCGUCCUCAUCCUCUUCUUCUGCAAGCCCAAUGCCGAUAUCCGCCUCGGCCAUGCAACCGGUGGCCGCGCUGUCGAUUUCGGACGCCAGCGCCGUGCAGACAUCGGCGACGCCGGCGAAGGUCGAGGCGCCGGGCUCGCCCUCUCUGACGCCGUCCGCCGCUGGGGCAAGCAUACCCGCUCAGGCAAGCAAAGGUGCUGCCGCCGCUGAUGCCGUCUCCCGCUCCGCGCAGCAUUCGCUGAAAUCGCCCAGUGGUGACGGCGCCGCAAUCGAGGGGCCCGCUGCCGAGCCGACAGCUGCGUCUGCGCUCAGGGCGGCAAAGAGCCAAGCUGCGGGGGUCGCGGCUGCCGAAGCGUCGCGACAGGAGAGGCGAUGCCGCCGCCGCCCUCCGCUAAAGGUCUUCACCCCGACGGAAGCGGACGUGAGCCGAGCCGCUGCUGCCGCCUUGUGUGCGCUCGCUAAGUUCAACAACGCCAGCGUCUUAUCCGUCCAGGAGGAGAUGCGGCGCAUCCCAGUGUGGGCCACCAGCUUCAACCAUUGGUCCGACCGCUGCGUGAAGGCGUUGGUGGAGGUGGCGAUACUGAACAACUGGUUAGAGGAUGUGUCGUGA